GGAGAGGAGAGAGGCAGAGGGAAACGCAGGGGUGGGGUGCGUGGAUGUACAGGAACAUGCCGACAGGAGAGCGUGCGGACGAGCGAUGACAGCCAUGCUGAGCCCAAAGAUCAGACAGACUAGGAGAGCCAGGUCAAAGAGCAUGGUGAUGAGCGAGGUGUCGCGAGGAUCGUGCCGCCCAGCCUCCCCGAGCCUCCACGAGGGGGCUCUGAAGGCGGGGUGGCUGAAGAAGCAGCGCAGCAUCAUGAAGAACUGGCAGCUGCGCUGGUUCGUGCUGCGCUCGGAUCAGCUCUACUUCUACAAAGACGAGGAAGAAACCAAACCGCAGGGCUGUAUACCACUGCAGGGAUGCCUGGUCAAUGAACUCACAGCUAAUCCAGACGAACCAGGAAGGCACCUGUUUGAGAUCGUACCAGGCGGAACAGGAGAGAAGGAUCGGGCACCCAUCAGCCAUGAAUCCUUCCUGCUCAUGGCAAACUCCCAGAGCGAUAUGGACGACUGGGUCAAGGCCAUACGGCGGGUCAUCUGGGCACCAUUUGGAGGAGGGAUAUUUGGCCAGCGUCUAGAGGACACAGUGCAGUACGAGAAGAAGUUUGGCCCCCGCCUUGCACCCCUGCUGGUUGAGCAGUGUGUGGACUUUAUCAGAGAGAGGGGUCUGGAUGAGGAAGGUCUCUUUCGAAUGCCAGGACAGGCCAACCUGGUCAGGGAGCUGCAGGAGGCCUUCGACUGUGGGGACAAGCCCCUGUUUGACAGUAACACAGACGUCCACACAGUGGCAUCCUUGCUGAAGUUGUACCUGCGAGAGCUGCCUGAACCAGUUAUCCCCUUCUCCAAAUAUGAAGACUUUCUAACCUGUGCGCAGCUUUUGGCCAAAGAUGAGGAGGAGGGAGUCCAGGAGCUUGGAAAGCAAGUUAGCACUCUACCUCUACCGAACUACAACCUCCUCAAGUACAUAUGCAAAUUCCUUGAUGAGGUCCAGUCCCACUGUAAUGAGAACAAGAUGAGUGUCCAGAACCUUGCCACAGUAUUUGGACCUAACAUCCUUAGACCGAAGAUGGAGGACCCAGUCACUAUCAUGGAAGGAACUUCUCUUGUCCAGCACCUGAUGACAGUCCUCAUCAGGGAACACAACCGUUUGUACUCAGGGAGGGAACAGGAGGGGCCAGCUCUACCCCAAACUGAGAUCCCCAUCCAAGGGCAUCAUCUCCAACACCGCAGCCUGGGAGCCUGGAUCUCUGAAGAGGACCUUCAGAGUUGCCCCGUCUCCAACCCAGACCAAGAUCUGCACAGCAGUGCCUCAUCCCUGGACGCCAAGCUGUGCGCAGCCAUCAGUCCCACUCAGACCCCUAACCCAAACCCUGGACCAAAACUUGGGUCUUCAUCGGGAAAGGGUGAGACUGUAAUCAGUCCGAGUAAACAAGCCAAGACCAUGCCUUCCUGGAAAUAUUCCUUCAAAAGCUCUUCAGCGCCUCGUUCCCAGCCGCAAGCUAAGCAAACCAGCAGCAGUGGCUCUGCAGCAGAUACAACCAGUCUGUCUUCUGGUGGUGGAGGAGGUGGAAGUGGUGGCAACUGGCUUAUGAACGGUUUGUCCUCCUUGAGGGGACACCGGCGAACAUCUUCAGGGGAACGGUCCACCCGUGACCGUGACUCCACCGGCUCGUCCCAGAGGCUGUCCACGUAUGAUAACGUGACCUCCUCCUCUAGCAUGGGGAGCGUUCCAAGUGUAUCCAGCACACCGUGGUCCACGUCCUCCUGUGAAAUAUCUGUCCCGGACUCAGCAAGCGAGCCCCCGGUGCACCAGAACUGUGGAGGUGUGGUGGAAGGUGGAGAAAGCCACAGAGAGAUUAACAAGGAAAGGGAUGGAGGGAUGACAACAGACGCGAGCUCCGAGCAGGACAGUUGCGAGGCCAUGGAGCUGUGCAGCAGCAGCGCAGCCUGCAGUGAAAAUGGAAACAUGGCCAUGGCAGCCGGGGUGCCGUCCAUUAUCAUGUCCGAAGAUGGAGAUGGGGAAAAACUAACACUGAGCAGCCUGGUAGAGGGACUGAAAGACGAGCUGAGAAAACAGAAGACUACAUAUGAGGCCAGGAUCCAAAAAUUGGAAGAGUCUAGUGCUGCUCUGUGUGCCCAGAUGGAGCGUUUGGAACAGGAGAUGGAGCAGGAGAGGAAGAAGCAGCGCAUGCUGGAGAUAAAACUCAGAAACUCUGAGCGGGCACGGGAGGAUGCGGAGAAUCGCAACCGCCUCUUGGAAAAGGAAAUGGAGGAUUUUUUUGCCACGCUGGGCGAUCUGGCCCUUGGUGCAAGGACUAGUGACCUUUGAU